UAGAUACUGCAUCUGAUGUCACUAUCCUCUCACGCAAAAAUUGGAUCAAAUUGGGCAACCCAAGCCUGCAGCACACAACACAAAAGCCUCGUACAGCAUGUGGUAAUUAUCUUCGUCUGUUAGGACAAUUGGAAUGUAAAGUUGCUUUCCGAGAUUCGUCGUUUACUGGGAUUGGUUCGACCAGCUGAAAUUGGCUGAUGUCCCGCUAAAUACCAUAUGCAACCUGGUAUCACAACGACAUGACCCAGAAGCGUAUACGAAGAACCACGCAGAAUGUUAUCUGACAACCGCAGUUCGCGCAUUACCGGUGUCUGCAACAGACAUACAAAAUGCUUCUAGAAACGACCCCAUCAUCAAGAUGACGAUGAAAUAUGUCACUAACGGUUGGCCGUCGAAAAAGUUUGAAGGUGACAUGAAGCAACUGUAUCAGCGGCGGGAGUCACUAUGCAUCGUCAACGAUUGUCUGAUGUUUGGUGAAAGAGUAGUGGUGCCAGCAUCCCUUCGUGCAAAAGUGCUGAGACAGUUCCAUCUUGGUCAUCCUGGGAUUAAACGAAUGAAGUCCAUAGCCAGGAGUUAUGCAUACUGGCCUCACAUGGAUCAACAUGUCACAGCGUUGGUUGAAAAAUGCAUCAGGUGUCAGCAGGCGGCAAAGAUGAAUGCCGAAAUUCCGCCGGUUUCAUGGCCCAAACCUGAGCAUCCUUGGUCCAGGAUACAUGUCGACUUCGCUGGCCCAAUAAAUGGAACUAUGUAUUUAAUUGUCGUCGACGCCUUUUCUAAAUGGCCGGAAAUCAGCCCCGUUAUGCCGCCCACUACAACUAAGACUAUACAGCUCCUAACUGAAAUUUUCUCACGAAAUGGCAUACCAGAUGUGAUCGUAUCCGACAAUGGCUCUCAAUUCACCUCUUCCCAAUUCCAGAAUUUCUGUCAACGGCUAGCUAUCAAACACUUACGCUCGCCACCAUACCACCCGCAAUCGAAUGGGCAGGCGGAAAGGUUUGUGGAUACGUUUAAAAGAGCACUGCUCAAGUCAAAAGGGGAGGGGACGCCAGCCGAAACGUUACAAAAUUUCUUGUACGUCUAUCGGACAACACCAAAUGAAUUGUUACCGGAGCAAAGGUCCCCAGCUGAAAUCCUGAUGGGAAGAAGAUUGAAAACGAUUCACAGCCUGAUGCAUCCGACCAAUGCACCCUCAUCAGUAGAGACAAAGCAGCAAAGACAAUCCGCUUACGAGGUGGGAUGCCCUGUGUUUGCCCGCGACUACAGAACGAACCAUAGUCCUUGGGUAGAAGCGAGAGUGGUCAGAAGGGUUGGUCGAGUUAUGUACGAAGUAGAGGUAGGAGGUGAUAAAUGGUCACGUCAUCGCAAUCAGAUACGCAGACGGCUAGCCCCAGAUCGCCCAUCAAGAGCAGAAAGCCUUCCCCUUGACAUCUUGCUUGAUACCUUCAACCUACCGAGAGCCCCGCCACGAGAAGAAACUCAGCAGCAAGCUGUUCUUCGUUCCCGAAGGUAUCCCCUCAGACCGCGGCGAACAAUAGUCAAGAUGCAAGUCAACCACAGGAGAACACGCUAUUAAAAAGGGGAGGAGUGUUGGGGAUGUUAGAUCCCCAAAAUUCGCUUGAUAAUGCCGUAUUUCGGUUUUCACGUUCGCCAGCAGGGGCUGAUCAAAUGACCUUGAGAUCUCAAUUCCCACCAGGAAAAUCAAUGGCUGUGAUUGGCCACAGUGUAUUUUAGUAUGCUAUUUUCUUAACUGUCUCAAGGACGUUGUUAUGUUGUAUAAAUAAACGAGAGUUGUAUGCUUGAUUGUACUGGGAUUGCUGGGUGCUUGUAGAAUAUACUUUCUGCGCUUACCAAGACUUCUGUUUUACCGUUUGGAUUCAGGGUAGCCUUCCUGGAAGCUGGUAAAAGUCUCGUUCGCGUUUAUCGACUAAGGUAAACUCGUAAUAGCCUCAAGCAUCCUAAGUGACGAACAUAUCAGUGGCGACGGGGUAAAAACCAUAUCCACAAAACAUAUCAGUGGCGACGGGGCUCACAAUUCACAAUGUCAAUUAAUCUUGAACAGUUAGAAUCUUUACUGGAACGUCAAGGUAAACGAUAUGAACAGUUUCAGGAACGUAUGUUGGAGCUGUUAAUGAAACAAAUGAAUUUGAAUCACAGAGGUUUUGCCGAUGAUUCAUGUAAUCCGCAUACAGACUCGAUAGUUAAUUCCAUUCAUGAAUUUCAUUUUGAUGGCCUUGCUGGUGUGACUUUCGAGUCUUGGUUUAAGAAGUAUGAGGAUUUGUUCAAGGUCGACCUCAACAAUCUUGAUGACGCCACCAAAGUCAGAAUCCUUUUGAGAAAGCUCGGCACAAUCGAACACGAACGUUAUAGUAAUUUCAUCCUCCCAAAGAACCCACGAGAUUUCUCUUUUGAUGCUACAAUUGAUACGCUGUCGCAAAUCUUCUCUGAACAGUCAUCUCUCUUUAAUAUUCGUUAUCAAUGCCUCAAAAUAAUCAAGUCAAAUGAAGAUGACUGGGUAAAGCAUGCUGGCUUAGUAAAUCGUGAAUGCGAACGAUUUAAAUUAUCAUCAAUGAC